CUCCACCUGCAGACAGAUUAGCUGCUGAACCCCUGUUUGAUUAUCAGCUGACUGUGUGCUGUCCUUUUAAGCCCCGCCCCCUGCACACAAGUACACACACACUCACACACCCCUCCCCCUGCUGUCAGCGCAUCUCUCCCUCUCUCCGCCGUUAAUCCGUCUCUCUCUUUCGGUGAUCAUGGCGGAAAUCAAAACGGGAAUCUUCGCUAAAAACGUGCAGAAACGGCUGAACCGCGCGCAGGAGAAGGUGCUGCAGAAACUCGGGAAAGCAGAUGAGACCAAAGAUGAGCAAUUUGAACAAGUGGUCGUCAACUUCAGGAGGCAGGAGUCUGAAGGCUCUCGGCUGCAGAGGGAAAUGAAAUCCUACAUGGCUGCCAUUAAAGGGAUGCAGCAGGCCUCCAUCAAUCUGACACAAUCUCUACAUGAAGUCUACGAACCCGACUGGCACGGGAAAGAUGAUGUCAUGGUCAUCGGGAAGGACAGUGAUGCAUUGUGGGAAGAUUUCCACAAUAAACUGGUGGACUCAACUCUCCUGAACCUUGAUGCGUAUCUGCAACAGUUUCCAGAUCUCAAAACCCGUGUGGCCAAAAGAAGUCGUAAACUUAUCGACUAUGACAGCGCUCGCCAUCACGUGGAAACGCUGCAGGUGUCAGGGAUGAAGAGCGAUCGCAAGAUGAUGAAGGCUGACGAUGAGCUCAGAAAGGCUCAGAAAGUGUUUGAUGAGCUGAAUGUCGGUCUUCAGGAUGAACUGCCCACCCUAUGGGACAGCCGGGUUGGUUUCUACAUCAGCACCUAUAAGAGCGUGACAAGUCUGGAGGCCAAAUUUCACCGUGAGAUCUCUCUGGUGUGCAGGCAGCUGUAUGAAGUGAUGACUCAGCUGGCCGAGCAGCACUCUGACAAAAUGUUCACCAUUCAAGGAGCUCCGAGUGAUUCAGGACCUCUGCGACUUGCCAGAACCCCUUCCCCUCCUGAGGACGAAAGUCCACCUGAGAGUCCAGACGCCAGCGCCAAUCACAUGCUCCGCCCCGUCUCACCUGGACCACCCCGACCCAAGUCACCAACACAGCUUAAAAAGGGGCCCCCAGUGCCCCCCCCACCAAAGGCCACACCGUCCAAGGAGGUGGCAGAGGAGCAGAUUAUCGACUUGUUUGGAGGAGAGUUCUUACCUGCACCUUCUCCAUCACAGCCCAAUGAACGACCUGGAGAAUCUCUGCUGGACCUCGACUUUGAUGCUUUUCAGCCUGAUGACAGUGUUUCACCAAUCCCACAGACUGCUGUACCCUGGGAUAUGUGGUCGGCCGACGCUGAAACAGCUCCACCUGCUGCAGAUGACGGCUUCGUUGCCAACUGGUCGGCUGACUUUGGUUCAUUAUCACCAAAUGAAGACGCUGCUUCAGGAGCUGAGGCCUCUGCUGCAGGGCUGGAGGGGGCUCAGGGGGGGGCUCAGGGUCAGGAUCAGGGCUUAAACCAGGUUAAAGGCUGGAAAUCAGAGGACAGUGAGGCAGUCAGAAGUGAUGAAGAUGAGGUGGGGAAGUUAGAUUCAGGGGGAUACGGUGCUGGUCAGGAAGAUCGCAGGAAGUCCACCCCAGGACUUGUUUUCACUAACGAGUUCGGUCAAGAAAUUGAAGACAGCACAGCGGACAAAAGAGACAAGUGGUCUAGGUCCCCGGAUGGGUCUGGGUCUGAAUAUGAAACUGCUGAGGAAUGGGGGGAUGGGAUUCAGGGGGGAGGCUGGGCGAGUGCGGAUGAUGAACUUUCAUCUGAAGAUCCUCCAGCAAAUACUUCAGAGGGGUGGGAAGGUGGAGGUGAGGAUGUAGCAACAGAGAGCUACCGUCCAGCUAAAGAACAACAAAGUGAACUCACAUCAGAUUCUACUGGUCAUUCUAUAACCAACACAACACAGGGAGGAGGUGCGUUUGAUUUAUCUACUGUAGCUGAAACACAGGGAAGAGGUGCGUUUGAUUUAUCUACUGUAGCUGAAACACAGGGAGGAGGUGCGUUUGAUUUAUCUACUGUAGCUGAAACACAGGGAAGAGGUGCGUUUGAUUUAUCUACUGUAGCUGAAACACAGGGAAGAGGUGCGUUUGAUUUAUCUACUGUAGCUGAAACACAGGGAGGAGGUGCGUUUGAUUCAGAUCCUUUUGUUGAAACACAGGGAGGAGGUGCGUUUGAUUCAGAUCCUUUUGCUGAAAUACAGGGAGGAGGUGCGUUUGAUUUAUCUACUGCCACAGAAACACAGGGAGGAGGUGCGUUUGAUUCAGAUCCUUUUGCUGAAACACAGGGAGGAGGUGCGUUUGAUUUAUCUACUGCCACAGAAACACAGGGAGGAGGUGCGUUUGAUUUAUCUACUGCCACAGAAACACUGGGAGGAGGUGCGUUUGAUUCAGAUCCUUUUGCUGAAACACAGGGAGGAGGUGCGUUUGAUUCAGAUCCUUUUGCUGAAACACAGGGAGGAGGUGCGUUUGAUUUAUCUACUGCCACAGAAACACAGGGAGGAGGUGCGUUUGAUUCAGAUCCUUUUGCUGAAACACAGGGAGGAGGUGCGUUUGAUUCAGAUCCUUUUGCUGAAACACAGGUAGGAGGUGCGUUUGAUUUAUCUACUGCCACAGAAACACAGGGAGGAGGUGCGUUUGAUUCAGAUCCUUUUGCUGAAACACAGGGAGGAGGUGCGUUUGAUUCAGAUCCUUUUGCUGAAACACAGGGAGGAGGUGCGUUUGAUUUAUCUACUGCCACAGAAACACAGGGAGGAGGUGCGUUUGAUUCAGAUCCUUUUGCUGAAACACAGGGAGGAGGUGCAUUUGAUUCAGAUCCUUGUGCUGAAAAACUGAGAGGAGACAAAGGGAAUGAUUUUGAAUUGGAUCCAUUUGCUGAGAGCUCUGAAGGAGGUGAGGUUGUGGACACUUCAGAUAGUAAAGGUGGGUGGGAUUCAGACCCUUUUGCCCAAGGUUUCCCAGUGGUCUCCUCAGGGACGGGAGAUGCUGCCUUCAACGUGACGUCCUGGCAGGAAGCUAAUGUCAUUAGCAGCUCUUCUGUCACCGGAGAAAACUCUGAGUCUAUUUCUGGAGAAGCUGCAGACAUGAUUAAAGAUGCAAAUGUUUCCAGGAUUCACAAAGAACCAGAAAAUUCAGACAUGUCUGAAGAUGAGGCUGCAAACCGGAGAUUGGGAAAGUUGUACCAAGAGUUAGAUACAGAGAAGGAAGAGGCUACUGAUGCAUUUAAUGGAUUUUCACAGGACUCCUCUGCUCCAUCAUUUUUUGCUGAUUUUGAUAAGAUGAACGAAGUCAAUACUGAAUCAACCGAGGCAACUGAAGCCUCACAGAUUGACAAGCCUCCUGUUCCUCCUGCUGGGGAGGAACCAGCUACUCCUUCUUCUGAUGAGGAAACAGCUGCUCCUCCUACUGGUGAGGAACCAGCUGCUCCUCCUGUUGUGGAGGAACCAGCGGCUCCUCCUACUGGUGAGGAAACUCCUGCUCCUCCUGCUGGUGAAGAAACUCCUGCUCCUCCUGCUGAGGAGGAACCAGCUGCUCCUGCUGAGGACGAAACAGCUGCUCCUCCUGCUGGUCAGGAAACUCCUGCUCCUCCUGCUGAGGAAGAACCCGCUGCUCCUCUUUCUGUGGAGGAACCAGCUGAUCCUCCUGCUGGUGAGGAAAUUCCUGUUUCUCCUGCCAGGGAAGAACCAGAAAGUUUUGUCAACCCAAAGGAUGAAGAGCUUGAUUCUGCUGGGGCGUCUCCUGGCUCAGAGCAGGCAGAGAUUGGUCAGAUUCCUCCCACUGAAGAAACAUCUCCAGCUGAAGCCACAUCAUCGGAAAAGAUGCCAAUCCCCUCCGUGGUGAUAGAACCGGCUUCCAGUAAUGAAGGUGACGAUGACCGUGAUGCAGACAUCAUCUCUCCUGUUGCCAUCAGUGACAACGGUGUGACCGCUGAAAACCCUGCAAUCAAACACAUGAGUUCAUCUGGGGGAGUGUUGGGACUCCCUGAUGAUUUCCUUUACAAGGUGGAGACAAUGCAUGACUUUGAAGCUGCAAAUUCAGAUGAGCUUGAAUUAAAGAGAGGUGAUGUGGUGUUGGUGGUUCCCACUGCUUCAUUAGAGGAUCAGGACGCCGGCUGGCUGACAGGGAUCAGAGAAAGUGACUGGUUAACACUUGGAGCUGGGGCUCAGAAAGGACUUUUCCCAGAAAAUUUUAUCCAACGGUUGGAGUGAUAAGUGUAUUGAGAUUAAGUUUGACAUGUCUGUGCAUAAGUCAUUCAUUCAGCAUGUAGCCAGCCUAAAGAAGCCUGUGACCUGCUGCAGCUGUCUGCAGCAAACACAAGACAUUCUCUGGAAGACGAGACUACAGAAAAUGUAAACAUAAUAAUUAAAACUAGUACUUUUCAAAGUGUAAGUAAACAUUAACAAGCAUGAUGUGAUAGUUUGGUCUUACCCUCUGAAACUGAGAUUGUCUGUUUUUUUUGUUUUUUUAAGAAAAAAAAUAAGUUAUCUAUUUAUUGGGAAUGUUGCAAUCUGAACUUGUUCACAUCUACAAAAAUCAUGAUUGUGUAUCCUGCAGAAAAAAACAUCCUUUAAUCAAGUGUUUAGUACUUAUUUUGUUGCUCAGCUGUGGAAUUAAAAAUAAUCUGUCGUGCAGUGAUCUGUUAUAUGUUCUUGAGUGUAAUAUGAAAUUAUUUUUUAUUCAACUGUUACCUUCCACUCACUGUAAGUAUUUUUCUGUGACAUUGAACUUGAGUGUAUGUGGUGAUAAAAUGCAGAAGCAUACAGAAAUGUAUUGUGUGAUCUUUGGCCAGUGAUAGUCACAUCCAGCAUGAAAAGUAUUCCAUGUGAAAGAAAGUCUGCCCACUAAUAAAAGUAAUAUUUGACAAGCUGA